AUGAGGAUUUUCUCAAAGAUUCUUCAAUUUUUUUUUGGUAUUAAGUAUUGUUUACAAGAAUAUUUCUAUACUGAUAAUGAAGAAAUAAAUCUUAAUACUAAUUGUUACAAAACUAAAUUAAUAGAUUGGAGUAAACAAAAUUUAUUAUUAUUAGAUUCUAGUCAUUUUAUUUACUUAUAUAAAAAAAUUAAUGAUCCAUAUAAUUAUAAAAAAGUAAAAUUAUAUGGUAACCCAGUUUCAAUUAAAGGAUAUAUAUUAUCUAAACACCCUAACAAGAUUCAACCUAAAAUAUUUGAUAAAUUAGAAAUUAACCAUAUUUUAAACCCUAAUUAUCAUAGAUACAAUCAUAAUCAUAAUCAUAAUGAUUCAGAAAUUAAAGUUCCAAGAUUAAAUAUAUGUAAUAAUAAUAAACAAUCAAUCUAUAAAAUGUUAUCAAAUUCAUCUAUAAAUUAUUUUAAUAAUCAAAUUAGAAAUUCAAUUAAACAAGAUGAUUUAAUAAAUACUGGUCUACCUAGGAUAUUAAAUAUAAGUAAUCAAAAUUAUAAUAUAGAAUGUUAUUCAUUAAAUUCUAUAAAUAAACAAAAUAAAUUAAUAACAGAAUCUGAAACUAAGAUAUUAACUCCUCCAUCUAAUAAAUUGAAUGACAACAUAUCUAAAUUAAAGGUAUAUAAUUCAGAAAAUAAUAUUAAUAAAUUUUCACAAUCACAAUCAAAUAUUAUAAAUAAUAAUAUACAUCCUGAUUCUAUAUAUCAGAUUAUAGAAGAUAAGAAAAGUGUUACACUUUCAGGAUAUGGAACAUAUUUAUUAGGACUCUAA